GGCUGCGGUGCUCAUCUUGCUUUACUGGCCGAGGGAGCCGGCAUACAGCUUCCGGGUCAUGUGGCCAGCAUGACUAAGCCUCUUCUGGCGAACCAGAGCAGCGCACGGAAACACCAUUUACCUUCCUGCCGGAGUGGUACCUAUUUAUCUACUUGUACUUUGACGUGCUUUCGAGCUGCUAGGUUGGCAGGAGCUGGGCCUGAGCAACUGGAGAUCACCCUGUCGUGGGGAUUCAAACCGCCGACCUUCUGAUCGGCAAGUCCUAGGCUCUGUGGUUCAACCCACAGGGCCACCCGUGUUUAGCUUACACAUAAAUCCGGCACUGUAGGUGAGGCGGAGAGGGAGUGCCUGGCCCAAGGUCAGCUAGCGAGCUUCACGGCUGAGUUGGGAUUAUGAACCCUGAUCUCCCAGGUCAUAGUAAGACACUCUUAACUUUUGCACCACUGAACUCAAGGAGGCUUAUUCCUGAGUUCACCCAUCCAUCCAUUCGAGACCCCUGCAAGCCACAUUCUGGCGCCGAGAGCGUCUCUCGUGCAGCAUGAGCUCCCCGCCCCCUUCGAUUUGAAAACCAGGCGCCGCUUCCUCCAUUCAAAGGACGCCGCUUUCCAGUCGGCGGACACUUUCCCGCCCGCUGCCCCGCCUCCCCUUUAAGCGCCCGACGCCGUUACUAAGGCGGCCCGAGGAGCGGGCAAACUGAAUCGCUCCGGCGGCGAACAGCAGCGGCGGCCUGUCGGUUCCGCUCCGGCUCCGGCUCCCGCAGCGCCAUGGCGUUCGCCUGCUUGGUAAGGGGCCGAGGAGGGUCGGGCAGCCUGGCAAGCGGGGCUUCGAGGCGGCGGGAAGAGGGAGGCCCCUCGGAGCAGGGCGGGCGAUGGAGACCGCGGCUGCUCGGUCGGCACAAGUUUGCAGAGCCGCAGCGCCCUGUUAGCAGACAAAAGGGGUCGGUGGGCGGGGGGGGGGGGGCGACCAGCAUCACACGUUUCUCUAUUGCAGUGGUUCCCAAACUUUUUUUGGCCAGGCCCCAUCUAAGCAUCUCUAAAAUCCUAAAGCGCCAGCCCCCGACAUAUAAUUCUUAUUACAGUGUUCAAAAAGUGAACUCCUAUUCACGUGGAGGCCAUUAACUGUUCAUAACUCAUUCCCGAAUUGCCCCCCUGAAAAAUCCAAUUUCUCCCCUGUGGGGAACCAUGGCUCUAUGGGGCUGUCUAAAAAGUCACAAAGAGAGGAGCCAGCAAGCUUUUUCAAAACAAAAACAAAACACGUUUAGUAACAUUUCCUUCUCAUAAAUAUAUAGUGGGGCGGGCGGAGAAAAUAGGGUUUGAGAGCGAAGUACGUGGUUUGGGCGCAAUGUUAAACGCUCCUGCCUGUAACACGCUUAAAAAUGGCACUUUGGGCUUGAAGUCGGUUGGAUUGUGCUUGGUGCAGGAAGAGCUGUUUGCCCUACUGUUAGGAAGUCCUGCCGCCCGUCUCCUCCCGCCCCGUUAAAUAACAGCUACAAGAGAGUAAGUCAGGGACCAUUUCGGCUUUGCAGAAUCGCUCUGCUGGGAAAAGCGUCACAUGAAUGCCUGCCAGACAUCAUUGUAAUGAAUAAAGACACCGGCGGGGGUGGGGAAGGCUAUGGGUCCUGAUGUGUUGUCACAGUUUGUCAGAUUUGGGAUAAUUCUGAUCACUUCCUAAGGCUAACCCUGCCCAUUUUUGCUUCUUUGCAAUUUUAGGUUGUAUUGUUUUUCACAUUGGUCUCCUGAGUGGGUUUUGUCAGGGUUGUUUUGCCUGACUUGCAGGAAUUACCUGAAAAACAACGUGUAGAGAUAGGCAUUCUGGAACAUUUCAUUUUAGUGGUGCUGUAAAAAAACCUAAAAACGUUUUUAGAUCAAAUACCACAAACCCCUUAUUGUUACUUAGAAGCAGUGCUUUUUCAGGGGGUACUCAGGAGUAUGCAGUACUGGCACCUCUUUUUUGUUGUUGAAAAGUGUAGCACUGUAACAACUUCAUGGUUGUUUUUUCUAAGGGGAAAAACCACUGCUUAGAAGUAAUGUUGCUUUUAGGUAUUCAUUCUUAUUUGUUUGCACAAAGUUUGCAGGAAGGUUAUUUAACAAGUAUUCAUUCUGAUUUGUGUUUGUGGGUGUUAGACAGCGCUGCAUCAAGCAAAUGACUUCCAAACUUUCCAGUGACUUUCCUGUCAAUUUCCUUACAGCAAAAAAAAGUCUGGUUUGUGGGGAGAAAGUGGGUUUGUUGCAUGAGAGCUCCAAAUGAUCCUCAAUUUGCCUGUUGCUGGAUUUGAGUCCCACUCCAAAUAGCGAUGACCUGGAAGCUCCCUAAGUCUCCGUUGAUUCUAGGAGAGUUUCCAAGGAAAUAUACUUAGGAUUGUGAUGUAAUAGCUGCUACUCACAAUACAUUUUAAAGAGACAGGUGUGUACACCUGUGGCUGAAAAUAUGCAUGAAUUUAAUUGGGUGUUGCAUGUACACUGUAUAUCAGUGAUCACGUUAUAUAAACUGUAAUUCUUAGAACUGUUCUAUAAAAAGUUAUCACAAGAUUUAGUGAUGGCCACAACUUGAUGCCUUUAAAAGAGGAUUAGACAAAUUUAUGGAGGAUAAGGCUAUCUCAGUGGCUACUUGCCAUGAUGUCUGUUUCAGAGGCAGUACAGUAUGCCUUUGAAUACCAGCUGCUGGGGAUCAUGAUCAAAGAGGUGCAGGACUCAUGUCCUGUUUGUGGGCUUCCCAUAGUCAUCUGGUUGGCCAGUGUGAGAACAGGAUACUGGACUAGAAGUUUGGUCUGAUUCAGAUACCAUUUGGUCUGAUUCAGCAGGAUCAAACUGUUGUCAUGGGCACCUUAAGGACUAACAAACUCAAUAGAUGGUAUUGGCUUUUGUAGGCUAAAGGCUAUUUCAUCUUCCUUUUUUAUAUUAAAAUCCAUUUUGGAUAGCUUUCUUCCCCAAAAUUAUCCCAGGUCUAUGUGUAUGGUGUUUAGUAAAAUAAAAUUUUACACAAGAACAUCCAGUUUAUGUAACAGGAUGAGCUGGAGUAUUCAAAUUAAACCAAUUUGCAAUUUGAAACUGCUAAACAAAUGCAAGAAACCUGGCUUCUGCAGUUUUAGCAGGAAUUGAUAACACACAGACAAAUAUGGUAUAUCUUCACAGUCACAAGGGAUAGAAACUUUUUAAAAAAUGAGUACACACUUUAUUAGGAAGCUGAAUUCUGAACACUGCUUCUUUGGAAUUAUAGUUUAUAUACAGCCCUGCACUGAUCCUUCCAAAGAAGUAUUUGUGUGUUGAAUGUUGAGAGUAUCUAAUCAGAGUAUUAAAGUAUAAUCCUUGGGCAGAGCUCUGUAGCUUAAAAUGGCCUUGUGCAUCCUAAACUGGAUUCUGAAGAAAAGAAUCCCAGGAAGAGAGGUAUACUGCAAAGCUCAGUGUACAGAAUAUACAUGUGUGAGUCUGGUGCUUGUCAUUUGUCUCUGCCGCUACUGCACUUCCCACAGAGUAUGCAGAAUGGUACAGUAUUUAAAUGCUUACAUUUAAGAACAUGGCUCCAGCAUUUUUGUGAAAUAAAAAAAUAUCCGUAUGAAUUCUGCCCUUAUGCUCUACUCUCCUUGCCUUUGUGUGUUUUGUAGUUGUUAACUUUUUUACUGAUAAGAAAUGCAUUGGAAAACAAAAAGAAACAACAACUAGCAGUGCUUGAUUUAUAACAUAGAACACAAUUACUUUAUAAUACAAUCAUUGGACAUCCAGAAAGUAUGAUGUUUUGCACAGCAAUUCUGGAUCACAACUAGGAUUUUGUCCUCAGUAUCACUUGGCACUCCUGCUCUCAUUUUGAAAAGAUAUCUAUCCAUAUUAUGCAAAUAAAAGAAAUAAAUUGAUUGAAAAUGUAUUGUAACAUUUGAAUAAAUGUUUUUAAAUUUUAAAAAAAGAAAUAUUUUGGUAAUAUACUAUACUAUGCUACACUGAAAUGUUAAAUUGUUUUUUUGAUUGUCAUUGAAUCUUUCUGCCACACUUGCCAUCUUCUCCUGCCACACCAAUGUGGUGUGCCACACCCUUGGAGAACCACUGACCUACAGGAUUGUCUUACUUGGUUUCUACCAAGUGAGCCAGUGGAGAAUAGAUGGAUCUCGCCAACCCUUGUCUGCCUUCCAGUUCCAGCCCACUUGGUUUCUACACUGGCUGUGGAGGACAGGACUUGCCUUCCCCUAUGGCCAUUGUGGAAAUGCAGUGGGCGGGCAGAUGAGGAACUGAGUGACUUGUCCCUUCUCUGCUCGCAUGCAUCCUGAGCUGAUUGGAACUCCUUGUUGCCUGUUCCAAGCAGGCGAGUCACAGUAAAAGGCUGUGCUAUUAAUCUGAAACUAGACUGAGCAAAUUAGAAAAUGAAACUGUUAAACCAGUAAGAAAUCACAAUAAAAAUGAUGCCUGCUAUGGCAGAUGUGCAGCAUCCAGAAACAUAUAAAGUGUGCUUCUUGCUUCGGAAAUACUGUCUGUAGCCGUACAAAAAUUUAGUCCAAUAUCGACUUCUUUCCUCCUGCAGGAAGAUCCAACAUUGGAGAGGCAUUUCAAAGGGCACCGUGAUGCUGUAACGAGUGUGGAUUUCAGUCUAAAUAAUAAACAGCUAGGUAAGUUGUCAGCUAAGCAGAAUUUUCUUUAGUAUAGUUUUCUUUCAUAGAACAAAAUAGCAUUCAGUCUGCUUUUAGCAGUUCUCCCAAAUUGUUUGGACUUGACAGCAUACUAAAGUACCUUCCUUGCUUUUAGCUAUCAGAUAUUAAGAAAAGUAGCAACAAACCUGAGAUUUUACAGCAGAGCAACUGAGUCAUAAGAUGAAAGGCUGGUUCAACCAUGCAGAUCUGUUAAGUUUUAUUCAGUUUUUGAUUAUUAUUUUUUAAAACAUCACAUAUAUUUAUGUAUUAUAAUCUUAUUUUUUAGUUGAAAUUCCCCUUGAACUUUUUUUGUUGGAUAGUAUAUAAAUAUUUGAAAACAAAUAGCUUGGUGGAAGCAGCUAAAAUGAUGUGAUAAUAAAGGACAUUUGUACUAAAUUCUCUAAAUGGUUGCUUGUAAUUCUUUGGUUUCCUUCCUUGCCUGUUUUUAAGGUGAGACUGCAUAUACUUCAAGAGGUAUUUCUCUCAAUUACGGGGAUGAACUGAAAAGCUUGUGUGCUUGCUUUCAGUUCUGUGAUUAGUGAAUACAGUAAUACCUCCACGAAUGUCUGCCCCGUCGAGCGUCCAUUUCAGCGAACGUCUGCGGCAAACCUGGAAGUACCGGAACAGGUUACUUCUGGGUUUGCCACUCGCACAUGCGCAGAAGCGCAAACUGCUCCACGCGUGUGCGCAGAGUGGCUCUUUGUCGAGCGUCCCUUUCGCUGAGCUUCCGGGGCUCUGGAACAGAUCCCAGACUCAAAACAAGGUACCACUGUACUUUCAUUCAGGGAAAGGAAGAGAGAAAUUGAAAUAGUGACUGAAAUUCCUGCCAAGUGUGUAUGCGUAUGAUCUCUCCUUUGAGUAUAAUUUUGAAAGGUGGUAUAUUCUUUUUGUCAGUAAGUGGCUCUAUGGAUUCAUGCCUGAUGAUCUGGAGUAUGAAACCUCAAAUGAGAGCCUACCGCUUUGUGGGUCACAAAGAUGCAGUCCUGAGUGUGCAUUUUUCACCAUCCGGCCAUCUGAUUGCUUCAGGUUCUAGAGACAAAACAGUUCGCUUGUGGGUUCCAAGUGUGUAAGUAUAUGCUAUCUGAGCACUCUGUAUGUGUGUUAUUUCUCUUAUUAGGAACACAGGAAGCUGCUUGUACAGAGCCAGACCAUUUGCUGAUCUUACUCAGCAUUGCACUGACUGUCAGUGGUUCUUCAGCCUUUCAGAGCGGGAUAUUAUUUCUAUCCUUGCGUGGGGAUCCUCGUCAGGGAUUGAAUCUGGGAUAUAAAGUAGGUGAAGCAUGAGCUCUGCCAAUGAGUUACAGCCGCUCUCUCCAAAGUCUUCUAAGAUUUGAAUUUGGCUUUUUGUCUUAACCAAGUUCAGUUACGGUGAAUAUGACAGCUUAUUAACGAUGAAGGCGGACAUUAUUUUUCUGGAUAAAGUGCAUCGACUUUCACUGUAAAACAGGUGUAUAUAAGGGAAGAACAAUGGCAAAGACACUUGCUGUUCACACUAAAGACAAGGUUAAGAAGCCCUUUGUCUGUCAGCUCAUGUGGGUACACUUAUUGGACGGAACUCACAUUACUGACCUCUAGUUGUAGAUUGAUUCCAAAUGCAGCCAUACCUUGGUUUUUGAACGCCUUGCGAGUCAAACGUUUUGGCUUCUGAACACCGCAAACCCAGAAGUGAGUGUUCCAGUUUGGAAACGUUCUUUGGAACCCGAAUGUCCGACGGGGCUUCCACAGCUUCUGAUUGGCUGCAGGAGCUCCCUGCAGCCAAUCAGAAGCUGCUCCUUGGUCUCCGAACGUUUUGGAAGUUGAACGGACUUCCAGAAUGGAUUGCGUUUGACUUCCGAGGUAUGACUGUAUGGUCCCUGUUAAAAAUGAGUUGACGAUCAGCAUAUUGCUUCAACAACAAAAAGCUACUGCUUCAUCCCAUCUAGUUUGUGUUGCAUUGGAAGGCCUCGGGGUACACUUUCCUUGAGGAAAGGUUAACUAUAUGGAUAUUGUAAAUGUUCCUUCUGCGAUAUUCAGGUUUUUUUGAAACAUGCUGAAUUAGAAGUUUUUUAUGCUUGUUCCAUCUGUGUACAGUAACUAUGGCAAAGAGCUUUUCACUCCAGUUUUUAAAAAGUAAAAAGGUAAAGGUACCCCCUGCCCGUACGGGCCAGUCGUGACUUACUCUGGGGUUGCGUGCUCAUCUCGCUGAAGAGGCCGGGAGCCAGCGCUGUCCGGAGACACUUCCGGGUCACGUGGCUAGCGUGACGAAGCUGCUCUGGCGAGCCAGCACCAGCACAGCGCACGGAAACGCUGUUUAUCUUCCCGCUAUAAAGCGGUACCUAUUUAUCUACUUGCACUUAGGGGUGCUUUCGAACUGCUAGGUGGGCAGGAGCUGGGACCGAAAGACGGGAGCUCAUCCCGCCGCGGGGAUUCGAACCGCCAACCAUACGAUCGGCAAGUCCUAGGCACUGAGGCUUUACCCACAGCGCCACCCGCGUCCCUUUUAAAAAGUAGCCACACACUAUUUGAGAAGAAAAUACAGUGGCACCUCGGGUUAAGAACUUAAUUCGUUCUGGAGGUCUGUUCUUAACCUGAAACUGUUCUUAACAUGAGGUACCACUUUAGCUAAUGGGGCCUCCCGCUACUGAGCCGCCGCCGCACGAUUUCUGUUCUCAUCCUGAAGCAAAGUUUUUAACCCGAGGUACUAUUUCUGGGUCAGCAGAGUCUAUAACCUGAAGUGUCUGUAACCUGAAGCGUCUGUAACCUGAGGUACCACUGUAUGUGUCAGUUGGCAGAGCUUUGGGGAAGGACUGUAGCUCAGUGGAAGAGCUUCCAUGCAGGAGGUCGUGAGUUCAAAUCCUUGCAUGUCUAGGUAGAGCUGGGCAUAUUUGUGUUUGCAAUCCUAGAGAGCCACUGCCAGGCAUUGCAGACAAUAUUGAGCCAGAUGGAUGGGCGGUCUGACUUGCUACAAGGCAGUUCCUAUGUUUCACACACAUUUCAGGUUUUUUUUACAAUCAAGUGGUGUAUAAAUUUUAUGAAAUAUAUUUAGAAGAGGGAACUCAAUGCCCUUUUUAUUUUUUAAACCCUGGCUCUGACCUUUCCCAGCUUGAUGUUCUGUACUUUCAUGUAAGCAGUAGAAUCAUAUACAAGAAUACACAAAUAUGCUUGUAGCUUGUCACUUAUUUGUGCAAAAAAAUUCAGGGCGGAAUGAUGUAUGUGUAUAAUUAAAUGUGAAUUACUCUUGUAAAGUUUCUCAAACUCACAGUAUGCCCCUCAUGUUUAGACGUCUUUCUCCUUUUUGUAGCAAGACCUAUGAUGUGAUGUUCUAACAUGAUUUUUCUUUAAAUUGCAUCAUUGGAACAAGUCUGUUUGACGUUUACCACUUUAAACAUUUAUUAUUAUUUUUUAGUUCUGCGUAAAAGAUACAAACACAGGCUGUCUUGCGUUAGGAGCUAUUCCAGUAACUAGAUUUAAGUAAAACACUUUUCUUCCUGUAUUUGGUAUGCUCCAGAGGCCUAAACCAACAGUUUUAUCCUAAUGUAAAUAUAUAUAUUAGAAGCCAGUAGGCAAAUGUUCAUUAGCUUCAUACUGUGUGGAAGGCAGUAUGUUAAUCUUUUGUGUUUCCUCCCCUAAACUUAGCAAGGGAGAAUCGACUACCUUCAAGGCUCAUACAGGAACCGUCAGAAGUGUUCACUUUUCUAAUGAUGGCCAAUCAUUGGUUACAGCCUCUGAUGACAAAACAGUUAAAGUUUGGGCAGUCCACAGACAAAAAUUCUUAUUUUCACUAAGUCAGCACAUAAACUGGGUUCGCUGUGCGAAGUAAGUAAAACUCUUUCCCCCCUGACAUUGUUGAGUGAUAUAUAUAUAUAUGGCAUAAAACCAGUUUGUAUAGCAAAAGUACACAACUGUAGGAAGAUCUGAAAUUCUGCUUAACUCACUUAAAAACCCACUCAUCUUUUAACCUGGCUAUCAAUAUACUUUAGGAGUUAGCCACCUUUCAGAGCUUCAGUUGUGUUUCCAACUAAUUCCUGUCUUGUUGGAAGGGAACUGUCAUUGUUAGAAGAAUCCGUCAGUUGGAUAUAACCAAGCAACAUUAUCUUAACUCAUCCUACUGAGUGCACUUUCUGAAAUCCAUAGAGUUCAAUAAGUGCUUUGGUUUCUUUCUUUUUUGUAAUAAAUUUUUAUUAUUUUUUCACAGUUUUAUACAUACUAUAUUAUCUCUUACAUAUAUCCAAUUACAAGGUUGUGUGAACCUUCCGAUUUCCUCCCCUCCCUCCCAUGGGUUCUUAAAUAAAAUCCCCCCCCCCCACACAUAUUGUAAUUUUUCCAACUAUUGUGUAUCCCUAAUUUACCAUAAUCAGUUUCACGUUACAAAUUUCAUUACAACGCUACCAAUGAUUUUAACUGCUUACUGUGGUUUUUUAGAUAAACUACGAAUUUAUUCCAAUCUCUAACAAAUACUUGGUCUUCUUGGUUUCUGAUCUUCCAUGUCAGUUUCUCUAUGUGCUUUGUUUUCGAUAAGUCUACUGACUAUGACCACUGUUCUUUAAAAUGGUUUCUAAUAAUUACUGUUACUGCCAAAGAGGCUUAAAUGUUAGAUAACAAAAAGAGGGGAAAAGGGGAAAUAAUUGUAAGGAAAAAUAAGACUUACUUGUACAGUAUUUCAUUAAUACAGUAUUUCAUUAAUUACUGGUCCAUUAGGAUUGUUUAAUAGAAAAGCUUACAUUUUAAUGCUAUGGUUUUUGUUGGUUACUGUAAUAUCUCAAAAAGAUUGUCCAUGUAUAGAAAGGUCCAUUGUUCUGACUAUAUGCAUAGUUGAUGGAAUCUUGUUGAGAUAGAUUGUCAAAGAGGAAACUCCCAAGAGUUAAUCAAUAGCAGUAUUUAUUAUUUAUUGAAUUUCUUACCUGCCCAUCAUUUUAUAGUCCCAGGGCAACUUACCAACUAUAAGUAAACAUUACAAUUGGUUAAAACAAAUUACAAUCAGAAGAGUCCUUGAAAAAGGCCUAUGGGUGGUAUUCAACUACGUUUUAACUCAGAGUAGACCCAUUGCAAUUAAUGAACAUGACAAAGGUAAGUCUAUUUUGAGUAAAACUUAGUUAAAUAACACCCUCUUUGCUUAGCACAAGUGCCUCUUAGCCAUUGACUUUUGAAAUAAUAAUCUUGUUGUCACUGAGGACAAUCCAGAUCUAGCUUAUAUUGCUCCUAAUCUUGCUUUAAUGAAUGUAUUUAUUUUAGGUUUUCUCCUGAUGGAAGAUUGAUAGUAUCAUCCAGUGAUGACAAAACUGUCAAACUUUGGGAUAAAACAAGCAGAGAAUGUAUACAUUCUUUCUGUGAACAUGGUGGGCAAGUAUUGGUGCAAUUCCUUGGGGCUUCAGGGGACUGGCCUUCAGCUUGUGGAACCUUGAUUAGAGCUUUGCUAUAUUGAUGUACAAGAACGUAUCUCCUUAUCUGCUGUAUCUUUCAUUCUGUGAACAUUCUCUGUAAUUUGGUCACAUUCUCUAAAUUUUUCAAUAUAACGUUUUACACCACACUAAGCUUAGAAGCCAGAUAAUAACAAUUGCAUUUGUGCAUAGGUUGUUGUUGUUUUUUUGUAGACUCGCAAACAUUUAUUAUAUGGGUUUUAAGCCUGAGUCACACUAGUGCUCACUAGUUGUCGCAGUUUCUUUAAAAACAAUGUUGGUUUUACAUGGUGACUGUGCCCAUUUGAAUGUACCCAUGUGUGAUAGAAAUUUGUAUUGUGAGGGAGUCUUGUUGAAGACUAGUGCCAUAAAUAUUAUUUGUAGUCUAUGCUUAAAACGUGUCUGUGUUCUGGACGUUGUUUUCGCUUCGCUCAGCCAUGCCCCUUAGGACAGCUCCUAUUUAUCUCAAACAUUUCUAUCACACCUUUCCUUGAGCCCCAGGUGGCUAACAACAUAAUAUAAUAUAGAAUACGUAGAAAUAAAACAGUGAAAGUCACUCCCACCCGGGAUUUGGGAUAAGGCUCACUUUUGUCCCCAAUGGGGGACUUGAGGACAUACCACAGAGGGUGUUGGAUUCAAUUGGGUCGUGCAUGAACUUGUCUUAGUGUUCUAGCUUUCCUAGAGUGCUGGGGAAUAGCAGAUACAGUUGUACCUUGGAUCCUGGACGCCUUGGUACUUGGACGUUUUGGCUCCUGGACGCUGCAAACCCGGAAGUGAGUGUUCGGGUUUGCGAUUGUUCUUUGGCACCCGAACAUCCGAUAGGGCUUCUGAAGCUGCGCUUUGGUUUCCAGACGUUUUGGAAGUCGAAUGGACUUCCGGAACGGAUUCCGUUCGACUUCCAAGGUACGGCUGUACUUCUCUUUUUUAGGCUCUUCUGUGGCAAUGCAAGGUUUUUUGUGAUUCCUUCUCAGCCCUGAAGUUAUUUGGGUGACCAUGGGCCUUUCACUGUCUUUCAGCCAGCCUACUUCAUCUCACAGGGUUGUUGGUUAAGGUAAAGCAGGAUAAGUGGGGAGAAGUGUAACCUUGACUCCCCGGUGGAAGACUGAAGCAAAAUAUAAUAAAUAUUGAUUGUCAGCCAAGGGCUCAGCAGUCACUUGCAUCUGGACCUUAAUUGGAGAAAGGAAUGUUUAAUCUUUGGGGUGAUGUUGCUUUUUUUUUUAAUGUCUGUUUUAAAAAUCCGACAACAAAACAAACCCAGUUACAAAAACAAAGUUUUAUCUAACGUAACUUGAAGAUGCAAAUUUCAAUAAGCUAUCAAAUUCAUUUAUUGACAACAUUAAUAGUCAAAAUAGUCGCACCAUUAAUGGUCUCAGCAGUUCUCAGCUUUCAAUUACUCCUGUUCAUUUUUCCAUGUCUGACAGCUCAGAUGUUUCAGGAGACUAUAGGAGACUGAAUGUUGUUCCAUUUUUUAAGUCCUCAGUAUUUUAGCAGGAAUCGGUAAUUUCAUAAUCACUGAUUUCAACACGUUAGGCUAAUUUUAUUUAUUAAUGUUAUAUAAUAUCAUUAAAGGCUCUAAAUUAAGAGAAUAUUGUGUUACCUGUGAGAUUGUAUGUUACAGCUUUCAGUAGUUUUGUGCAGAGAGGACAAGACCUCUCUGGAGUGAGCAGUGUUCUGUAGGGCUCCUUAUAAUCACAUCCAAAGAGAUAAGCGUCCUAAUGGAAGUUUCUCUAAUCCCCAAACCAUGGGAAAGAUAGUGCAGUUCACCCUUCUGUGGCUUUCUUUGCUGCACAGAGAGCCAGUGUUGCAGUGAAAUAGUCAAUACAAUGGGCUGAGCAAAGUCUCAUGGUGACUUUACCAUGUGGGAAAGCAAAUACUGGCUGAUAAAAACCUUUAAUAUCCAUCUUACACGCUUUAGGGGAAAUUUACUAUGAAGUAGCACAAUGUUUUGUAAGAACAACUUUUGAGGAGCUAGUAUUUUUCGCUACUUGCUUAGAUUAAAAUAUUGUUUUCUUCCUCCAGAAUAGAAGAGAGAUUUGAUCUUGUCUUCCCAUCUUUUUGCAGCUUUGUGCCUCAUGUGGACUUCCACCCUAGUGGUACAUGUAUUGCUGCAGCUGGCACAGACAACACAGUGAAAGUAUGGGAUGUUAGGAUGAAUAGGCUUCUGCAGCAUUACCAAGGUAAGCAAUGCGCUGUCAGAAGUCUUCAUUGCUAAACUUGUAGCUUGAUUCUUGAAGUGGAUAAUUAAACAAAAAAGGUAGUUUUGCCAUCGUAGCUUCCAAGCAUCAGAAAGAGCUGCAUGCAGAAUUUUGAAUUAGAACCAUUGGCUUAGGACAGGCAUAGGGAAGCGUUGACCCUCCAGCUGCUGCUGUACUACAAUUCCCAUCAUCCUUAGCCAUUGACCAUGUUUGCUCAGGCUGAUGCGAGUUGUAGUUCAGCGACAUCUGGAGGACCAAAGCUUCCCCACACCUGGCUUAAAAGAAGAUAAUUUUUCUAAAACGCACAGUACCAAAGCUAAAGAAAUUAAAUAAAAUGUGAUCACACCAUUAUGCAGAGAGAGUGCGCUAGUUUUUAGUUAAACUUCAGGAAUGACAUUUUUGUUUCAAUAAGGUAUUUUGUGUAUAAAGCUUAAUAUUCAUAAUAAAAUGCUACUGCAGCUGUAGGGAAUUCCUCUGCGUAAACAAAUUGGAUUGAAGACUCCAGUUUCUCUCUUCCUUUUCAAAUAUACAGAAGCUGGUUUAGGUUGCUUUUAAUCCAAAGAUAUUUCACAUACCAUGGUCUUUUGAAUUACACUUUGCUUAUGGUAUCUGGGCCAUACAUACUGUUUAAUUUAAUAGAUGAUGCUGAUGAACUUUGGAUUUCCAGGUCUGAUGUCUGUCUCCACAACUCUCCCUUACUACUUACCGUAUUUUUCGCUCUAUAGGACGCACUUUUUCCCCUCCAAAAAUUAAGGGGAAAUGUGUGUGCGUCCUAUAGAGCGAAUGCAGGCUGCACAGCUAAGCCCAAAGCCAGAACAAGCUCUUCUAGCUUGGGGAUGGUUGCGCGCAAAGCCUCUGCAGAGCAGCGGGGCGCUGCGCUCCAAAGGCUUCAGGGAUCUUUGAGGCUAGCGGUGGGGGAAAGCAGUGCUUCCCCCCACCGCCAGCCCCACAGGCUCGGGUGAAUGCACCUUGAACACACCUUGUUUUAGAGGGGGAGAACAAGACCCCCCCCCUGUUCUCCCCCUCCUAUGGUCCGGUGCCUCCUAUGGUCCGGUGCAUCCUAUAGAGUGAAAAAUACGGUAGUUGCCCUCUCAUGGCUUCCCACGCCCUAUCUGACAUCAGUGCAGCUAACCAGAGGGGCUCAAGAUGGGUGUAGGGGUCAGAAAUCUUUGAAGAGUUGCUUAUUGCUACAACUGGGACUAAUGUGUUUAUUCCGUUAAAAAUCAAAAUUUGGAGGAAAAGAAGUGUGUAUGUGUUUUAACUUGCAGUUAUGGCAGACCUUGAGCUUCUGAGGCAGUGCCAGUUUUCAUAGGACUAGAUUUUUCUGAGGGUCCUUGAAAACUUACAUAGAUAUAGGAUGAAAAUCAUAAGAAGGGGAAAAAUGCCAUUCAGCCAUUUUUUGUAUGGAUGUAUGGACCUUAUCCACCUUUCUAUUUCAGUUUGUAUUUUUUAAUGUCAAACUGUAUUGGUAACUUGCGCUGUCUUUCUUUCUUUCUUUUUUAGUUCACAGUGCUUCAGUGAACUGCCUGUCUUUUCACUCCUCUGGAAACUACCUCAUUACUGCUUCCAACGAUUCAACUCUAAAAAUACUGGAUUUACUAGAGGGGAGACUGCUAUAUACACUUCAUGGCCAUCAGGUGAGGAGAACUUCUUUAGACAUGAGUUGUUUAUUACUGUAGACCUUUCAAAGCUCCAUACACAUGUUUGUGUACACUACACCUUCUCCUGUGAUAUUAUAAUGGACUCAAGUAGAUUUGCCUCCCCUCUCCUCUCAAAGGCAGGAGUGCAGUUGUCUCAAAAGUCUUUUUGGGUCUCCUCUCUUAUGUUCCUGCCUUUGCUUUGAGUGGUUCACUGAGAAUUCUUCUCCGUAUUUCUUUGUCUUCUCCUUUCUCCUUCUCUUUGGCUUCCAAAGAGUCUGAAACUCCAUUUCAUGGAGUACGUUUCAACCAAUGCUUGCUUGGCAGUGCAGAAAAGCCAUUGCUCUCGUUGCCAUACCUUUCUUCAUUUGCCUUGCUGCCUCACCUGGAUCCAAUGUAAAACAGAAAUAAAGCAGGGAGUGUAAAAUCUCUGGGUGACCUUGCUCAUCAGUUUCAUGUAGGUGCUAACAAGCGUGGGAGAUGAGAUGGAGUUCUGUGGGACCUAAUAGCAUAGAUGUUCUGAAUCUUAUAGGACUAAUAAUUAGGCUUUAAAUGGCUUUUGAUAGAAAUGACAGUAAGUCAAGUGACUAGUCUACAGGGAAUAUUCGUUACUUGGAUGAACAGCUUGUUAAAUUCUUGUAAUUUGCGUGUUAGUGCCUGGUUCAGAUUUGGUUCUUGUUCUGACACUGGACUGGUGCUCUGGGACAAUUACUCAUGAGAGAAGCCUCGGAUUCCUUAGAAGCGCUUUGCUUUGACGCAACUAUUGGUUUACCAGGAAUUCAUUACUAGCUGAUUAGUACUAGUUUACAUAGAGAAGGCUGCCAAGUUUACAUUGCUGUCUUCAAUUAUAAUGGUGCUUACUCUUCAUACCAGAAGGAUCAUUGGGGAAAUGGUGUUUUAACUCGCUGCUGAUAUUUGCAGCUGCAAAAUUUGGUUUGCUGUGAUUGCGUCUUAAGGCUUUCAGUUUAUGGAAUACAUUCUUCUUGAAGUACAAACAGGACUUGGAAUGAAUACAUAGGCCCACUGCUGACAUUUUACUUGUACAGAAACAGAACGUUUCAGAACUAAGCAAUUCUUGGGUGGUCAUUAAAACCUGUGCAGAAGUACAGCGUCUCUCUCCCUCUCUCUCUCUCUCUCUCUCUCUCUCUCUCUUUGUGUGUCAGUUGGAGGGUUGUGGGAUUUUUGUUUGUUUUUUGAUAAAGCUGUACUUGCUGUCUAAUUUGUCCUACAUGAUAGAAUAAUUCAUCCUUCCCCAAGCUGGUGCCCUGCAAAUGUUGCUGGACUCCAACUUCCAUUAGCCCCACCCAGCAUGGCUGAUGGCCAAAGACGAUUCGAAUUGUAGUCCAACAACAUCUGGGGGGCACCAGCUUAGGGAAAGCUGGAACAAUUAUUGGGAUAGUAGGUUAGACCCAUUCUCAGGACAUGUAAUUGGAUAGAUAAACCAGGCUUGAUACAGACAAAGCUAUAAUCAUCUUUAGAGAAACAACUUUUUUUUAGUGGGGAGCCAUAGAAUAUAACAUAUAGACCACAAAUGAGAGUCUGUUUCAAAGAAUUAACAAGACUGAAUAGGUGUGGGUACAACACAGGAGUACUGUAUAAUUCAAGUAGAAGCGAAUCUAAGCAUAUUUAUUGAGUAGUUUUAUCUGGAACAAGUCCCAGUGGAUGUGUCUAUAUUAAAUCUGGACUAAUAUUAAAAUGCUUCUAUAAUGCUACUGUUUUUUAUGGUUUCUCACAUUAAGGUCCCAUCUGCACUAUAUAUUAAAUGCACUUUAAAUGGUCGUGGUUUCCACCAAAGAAUCCUGGGAAUUAAGGAUGAUGAAAGUUGUUAGGAGAUCCCUAUUAUUCUCAUAGAGCUACAGUUCCCAGAAUGGAAAUUGUAGCUCUGUCAGUGGAAUAACAAAUAACAACUUUCAGCAUCCUUAACAAACUACACUUUGCAAGUUUAUUUAGGGGAAGCCAUGGUUGAUUAAAGUGGUAUCAUAGCGCUUUAGAUGUAUAGCGCAGAUAGGGUUUUAAGAUUAGUUUUGCAGUAGAAUCCAUAUACUCACUGUGGUUGCUUUGUUUUAAUUUAAUCAAAUCAAGGAAGAUAGUUGUGGGAAUUUGCAUUGCUCAUUAUUAUAAAAAGGCCCCUAAGCAUAAUGUUGAGGAUAAUGUACAAUUGCAAGUACAGUAUCUCCCUUGUGUGAAAAAUUUACAUAGAUUAUAAUCCGCUGAGGUAGGAAUCAUCUGAUAGUAAAGCUCAGUAAUGCACAUUUCACGUCUCCUUCAAAAUGAGACCUGGCAGAUACUGGACAUAAACGUUUGGAAUUAUAUUUCCCACACACUUAUUUCUAGAUUAAUCAUACCAGUGACAAAACUGCCCUAAACAAAUGGUUAGUCUUUUGUUUACAUUCAGUGCCCAUGAUUUGUCAUCUGGGGAUGCACAGAUGGCCCUGUGCAUGUGUGUUAUAAGUCCCAUUGAGUUCAGAAAUAAGUCCCAUUGAGUUCAGUGGAGCUUAAUCCCAGGUAAGUGGCUAGAAGAGUGCAGAACAAAUCUGUGGGUAGAUUCAGUUUUUACUCAGGGGAAUUUAUGGCAAUAUCUUGGGAGAAGCACUAACCUUGGAAUAUUGGGAUUGAAUGACUACGCUGGUUGAGCAUAACAUUAUUGUAACCAAGUUGUAUUCCAGCUACUUCUCAAAAGUUUGCAUGGCAUGACUUUGUUCACAUGAUUUAAUCAGCCAGCAAUUUUUUUGAGGUUAAAUCUAGUAUUUUAGUAGUUUGGAACCUAUCGUACGCUCUGGAGAUCUUUUUUUUAAAAAAGGGAGUAGGCACUUCUAAAUUUUGUAUCUUCCCUUGCUCUGCUUGGCUGUGGGUGGUUCUGUGCAAAUAUAAUUGAAGGUUCAAGAUACUAUCACUGGGUAAGGUUAUUUAGCGUGUCAUAGCUGUACAUUCUCAGCUCCACUCCCUUGCCUCCGAGGAUGUCAGUGGGAGUUGUUGCCUGCCAGCAAGGGAAAACAUGCUGCCAUCAUGGGUUGCGUGUGUUCUAGCUGCUCAGCCUCACCCCCUUGCAGCCUCAGAGGACCUCAGUGGGAUGCAGGUGGGAGGGGGAAUGCCACCUGAAUAAUCUUGGCAUCAUGGGGACACCAUGUUAUUUCUGUUCCUGGCUCCAGAGAAUAUUUUGUAAGCUGCUGCAAGAACCUCUUUGCUUUAUAGCCUCUCGGGGCUGCAAAGCAGGAUAUAAGUAUGCUUUCAGUCAACAUUAAUGCUUAGUUGUGAUUGAACUACAUGGGGAUUGCAACAAAUAUUUUGCAAUAGAUAGUAGAGAAAAGCAGGUCCACUCCCACUGCCCGUUUCAAUAUAUAGUUUCUGGCUGUUCAGUCCAUACUAUAUGAGUUGUUCUCUUACAGGGACCAGCUGCCUGUGUUACUUUCUCAAGAACUGGAGAUUUCUUUGCUUCUGGAGGCUUCGAUGAACAGGUAUCUGCUUCAUGUUUAUUUUCUAUUAAACUCCCCCCCUUUUUUUUCUAAUUCAUACACAUCACUCAAGAUGGAUUACAACAAAUUACAAGUGCAAUUUCACAAUAAAGACCUAUUUUAUUUUAUUUUAAUAUAUAUAUACAGACAAAAUGCAGUGGGUCAAGGGCAGGCAUCACAGAUAAGAGUCUCCUCUGAUUCCUUAGAAAACUUUUGUUCAGCAAACUGUUUUUCACCUGAGUUUGGUGACUGAGUAUAAAAGGCCACCAGCAUGUUAGUAUUGCCCAGCCCUUUCAUUCCUUUUCAUCAGAGUCCAAGAUUGUGGGCUGUGUUACAGUGUUUAGCCAUGACUGGUAGUGGAAGACAGGAGAAACCAGCUGAAAUGGAGCCCAGGAAAAUGAGUUGCAAUAAGUUAGAUAAAUAUAACUCUGUCGUGUCUCAACAGUGGGAUUUUAGGGCCAGAUGGAAGACCAAAUAUUUUGGUGGUGUUUCUAGUCCUAAAUGGGGAAAGAGAGAGAGCAAGAGCUUUAGCUAUGGUCAUGCUGUUCUUCUGUUUACUUUCUUCUCUGUGUCUGCAAACUUGCCUUAAAAUAUUGAAAUCUUGUUUUUUAUUUGAAAGCAGUUGAAUGCAAUUUAGAAAAGAAAAAUUGCUACCUUUUCAUAAAAAUGCCCGAGGCAGAAUACAAAAGAGUAUUGCAACUAGAAACAAACAAGAAGAUAUCAAAAGCAGCCUUUUAGAAGCCUGGAAGAGUGGAAAUAUGGCAAAUUGGUGUCAGAAUUAAGGAAGUUCUUUGAUGAGCUUGUUCUAGAAGUUGCAGCACUGCUAGAGAGGAAGCCCUGGCCUCCUGGUACUGAUAUGUCUGGCAUCACUGGGGUGAUGGAACUUCGAGCUGACACUUCCAGCUGAUCUUAAAAGAACAGGGAGAUAUGUAUGAGGGAACGCAUUCCCUCAGGUGUGCUGGGCCUAAGGAUUCCAGUACAGUGGUACCUUGGGUUACAUACGCUUCAGGUUACAUACGCUUCAGGUUACAGACUCCACUAACCCAGAAAUAGUACCUCAGGUUAAGAACUUUGCUUCAGGAUGAGAACAGAAAUCGUGCUCCGGCGGCGCAGUGGCAGCGGGAGGCCCCAUUAGCUAAAGUGGUGCUUCAGGUUAAGAACAGUUUCAGGUUAAGAACGGACCUCCAGAACGAAUUAAGUACUUAACCCGAGGUACCACUGUACCUACCUACCUGUAUUCCCCCUGUAGUCUGUCCUUGCCAAGAGGUGCUAAUAGGAAUCACAGACAUUGCCCAAAGGAUCUAAUCUAUGCUUCUUACCUAUUUAUUAUAUAGAGGCAACUUACUAAUGGCCUAACUUCUCAUUUUUGUACUGAGCGGCUCUCUCUCUCUGUUUCUGUUUCUGUGUGUUGUUAAAACAAAUAAAAAUGGGAAAGCAUUAAUAAGUGGAUCUUCCAAUGAACGCUUGUUAGAGCCCCAAACAUUCUGCAUGCUUUUGAAAACUUUUUUAAAAAGUAGCCAGAUAAAUUUACUAAUCUCAAAAUUGCUUUUGAUCAUCUGAAGGCAGCCCUGUUUAGGGAAGUUUUUAAUAUGUGACAUUUUAAUGUAUUUUUAAUCUUUGUUGGAAGCCACCCAGAGUGGCUGGGGAGACCCAGUCAGAUGGGCGGGGUACAAAUAAUAAAUUAUUAUUAUUAUUAUUAUUAUUAUUAUUAUUAUUAGUUUUAUUUUGCAUCAGUGUUCUCUGGCAAUACGGAAUCAUAGCUUCAAAAACUUAAUAGCAUCAUGUGCUCUCUGGGCCAAUCUUUCAAAAGCUUUAAAAAAAAAUUAAUAGCUUGUAAUGAAACUACUCUGCUGGGGAGGCAAUCUUACUUAAACAUAGUUUGGAAAAGCUUCAUAGUAUUAUUUAUUCUGGGGAAGAUGUAAUCUUAAUCCUGUGAAUUGUACACAAGCUAUUACCCAAAUCGUUGCAUGUUUGAAAGCUGUUUCAAAAUGGCUUUACAGGUAAUGGUGUGGAAAACAAACUUUGAUGCCGCUGAUUAUGGCGACCUGCUGAAAACAAGGAAGUGCAAUAUGAAUGUGAAUGGCACUGACUAUGGUGAUGCACUGAGAACACAGAGGUCCAGUAUGAAUGUGAAUGGAUCUUCCAACAGUGUGGUAAGUUGAUGUCCUUGAUGGUCAUUCUAGAUUUUUCGGCUCUCUGGUUAUUCCACACUUUGGUAGAACCGAUAGCUCUCAAGAAAUUCCAUUACCAGAGUUCUAGUUUUCUGGGACAGAUUAUUUGUAAUCCCGGUUGAGCUUCUCAUUGUGUGUUGAUGAUAAAGAAAGCAAAGCCUGGCAUUCAAGUCCAAUAGCCCCAUUAUUACCCAUCUGGUUACAGUGUAAGGCACUACACUUCUUGCAUUUUGUCAGUGGUCUCUUGGGCUGUUUCUGUUGCGGACUAUAACAUUUUGUUCUUUUUCAUCCAGCUAUUCUUUAUAUAAGCAAAUUCUUCUCAAACUGCUCAUAUGCCAGAUGUGCUUUCUGUUCUGACCUUGUGGCUCUCAAAUUAGGAAUUCAUUCUAAUUUGGGCAUUGGUUCAUCUCCCUCCCCCCACAGCAGAUUUUUAAUGCAUUUUGAGGGGAUGAGGGGGAGUAGGAUAAACAAUUUCCUUGGAACUUCUCUUAGGAGAAGUAAUUAAAUUAAAUAGCUUACAUCGUGCGCAAUGUAAUUCUUUGAGUAUUUGUCAUAAAAAGCAACUCCAGUGCUAUUUUUCUAGAAAAAAGGGUGCCAGAGCUCACCAUAAUAAGCCUUGUUCUCUUAUAAUGGCAAUGGCAUCCACCUGAGAGGUGCAGGAACUGAGUUCUGGCAAGUUCCGGCUGACAAAAAAGCCCUGAGCAAAUUUCUAUACAUAGUGCAGUCUUUUAUAAAUGUCUGUUCAGAAGUUAACCUCACUAAGUAGAGCAGUACUUACUCCUAGCUAAGGUGCGUUAUAGGAUCAUAGCCCAAACCUAAUUUUUUUUUUGCAGAGAACCAGUUAUUGUUUUUAUUAUGUCAUGCAUUUUGAAUUUUGUGUUGUAAACCACCCUGUGAUCUUUGGAUGAAGAGCGGUAUAUAAAUUUUAUAAAUAACAAUACUAUCACGAGGCUUGUGGAAGAAUGUCUUGAAGAAUCAACCCAGAGUUUUGUAAGAGUUCCUCUUUGUCUUUCUUGACUACUAUUCCCUGUGCCUCUUAGAAGCCUACACCUAUCCCUUGCUGCUAUAUCUUUUCUGUUUAUCCUGUCUCUGUGGCCCCUGUAGGAUAAAAAGGUUCAUCUUAAAAACAAAGCAAAAAAAUUAACCAGGUUAGUAAUCAUGAGAGAUCUGAAUACCUCUGAGCACAUGAUUUGGUUUUUUCCUGCCUUUAGUCACUUUUGCAGUCCUCUUCUGGCCUGUAUCACUCUAAACAGGUGUGGGUGAGUGUCGAAUAAUCCUUCCCUCUUUGGCCUGUGCCUUCACAGGUACAUUUGUAUACAUGAAGGAUUCCAUACAACCUGGAACCCCAAUUGUGUGUACAGGGAUACCACGCACAUUCCAGCUCCCAUUUAGAGCAGCCCAGGAUAUGCGAUGCUUCAAGAGGUCUAACGCAUGACAUGCUCCUUACAUAACCUUCUCAGAAUUGAAUGGCUCUGAUCUGUUACCAGUUUUUGUCUUUAAAGUAUCAGAAAAAGAAACGAGGGCAAAAGGUUAUGGCAGUGUUCAGUCAUUCAAACUAUUUAAGUGUUCUUCAUAUAAAAGACACCUUCAAAAACUUAUUUAUUUAUUUAUUAAACGAAUGUUUUGGAUUUGGGGGAAAUAAAAAUGAAAGUGUUUAGACUUCCUGCCUCCCUCCCUCAACUUUUCCCAGGCUGUGUAUAAAAGGAGUAGGAAGGAGGAAUCAAUGAUAAUUGGUUCCCUAUCUUCAGUGGGGAACCUUCACUGGACUGCAGUCUCUUCUGUUCUUUGGCGGGGGGUGGGGAGCAGCUCUGGGUCCACCCCACUGCUUAUAAUGAACGCCACCCUGGUAUGCAUUUAUUGAGCAACGGAGAAAGUUGCAACAAAACGUUGCUGAGGAACCUGAAAUUGCUUAUAUUUCUAAAUGCAACUUGGAAUUAUUGUCGUGCGCAUUCUUUUAUUUUUAUGGUUGACCCAAGUUCCAAAAGACAGAAUGCAACUUUUCGUUCCCCACACUAAACAGUUUUAAAAUGGCACAAAAUAAAACAAAACUAUCAGGUGGCACAAAUAACUCUAGAGUAGAGAAUAGUGACAUGGUGUGUAUUGAAAGCUGAGGGUCCCCCCCCCUUUAAAGUGUUUUUUUAUCCCAGCUCCUCCAAUAUUUCAGGCAAUUUUAAUUAGUUUAGAUUAGAAUAAUAUGGCAUAAUCCUAAAAGGACUUCAUAUUUGCAGAGCGCUUGUGAGCAUCACCGUCAUCAUCUAUUUAUCAUCCUCAUCUAUUUAUUUAUAUCCCGCCUUUCUCCCUGACAAGGACUCAUAAGAACAGCUAAAAACAUUUUUAAUCCUUAAAAAAAUAUACACUAAUAGAAUUAAAAAUUAUAAGAUCUAUUACCGUAUUUUUCGCCCUAUAGGACGCACCGGCCCAUAGGACGCACCUAGAUUUUUUUGGGGGGGGGGAAAUAAAGGGGAAAAAAAUAUUUCCCCCCCCAGGCGCGGGGCUGGGGAAGCCCGAGCCUCCCCCGACCCCAGCCCCCAGAACGGGUCGGAGAGCGAUGGCGAAGGUGCGCGCACGUUCGCCAUCGCUCUCGGAGCUUGUGAGGCUGCGGGCGGGGGAAGCAGGAGCUUCCCCCAGCCCCCAGAGCGGGUCGGAGAGCGCUGGCGAUGGUGCGCGCACGUUCGCCAUCGCUCUUGGAGUUUGCGAGGCUGCGGGCGGGGGAAGCCGGAGCUUCCCCCGACCCCAGCCCCCAGAACGGGUAGGAGAGCGAUGGCGAAGGUGCGCGCACCUUCGGCAUCGCUCUGGGAGCUUGUGCGGCUGGGGGCGGGGGAAGCCCGAGCUUCCCCCGAUCCCAGCCCCCAGAACGGGUCCCAGAGCGAUGGCGAAGCUGCGCGCAGCUUUGGCAUCGCUCUGGGAGCUUGCUGGGCUGGGGGGAUAGCUUCCUGAAGCCUGGAGAGCAAGAGGGGUCGGUGCGCCUGCAUUCGCCCCAUAGGACGCACACACAUUUCCCCUUUCUUUUUGGAGGGGAAAAAGUGCGUCCUCUAGGGCGAAAAAUACGGUAAAUAUGUAUACAUAAUUACAGUAAAAACAUUGCAGCACCAGCCCUUUUCAUUAAUAGCAGUCAGUUCCCAAAAGUCUGUUGGAAUAAGGAAGUCCUCACUUCCUCAUUAAGUACAGUGCUAAGCAGCACUUCCAAAAUCAAAACCAGAUUGUGCAUUGUCUUUCAUUGUUGCCUAAAGAAAUAGCUUGCUUUGAUUGUACAGUGCCUUACUAAUUUUGAUGCUUAUUAUUUAUUUCUAAUGUUUGUGAGCAUACUUGACACGUUUUGUUUUGAGCUGAACCAGACUGUUGAUGGGUUUGGCUUUCAGGUUUCAAGAAAGCUUUUGGAAGAAUGUAGAUUUAUUGUCUGGUUGGAUUAUCUUCCAGUUACCUUGACUUUAUCACCUUUUGCUUCUUAUCAUGCAUUUUAUAACUCUGCCAGUUUUCUACAAAACUCAUGCCCCAGAGGAUCUGAUGCUCAGUGUUUUCUUUUUCUUAGGAGAGUUAUUCCACUGGGUGUCACUCUUUACUCUUUUUCUGUGCAGCUAGGGAUGAAAUAAUCCUUUACCCAUAUCUAAAAUAACUAGUCUGAUAGGUGAAAAUAUUUUUAUUAUGACCUGACUUUUGUCAUGAGAUGUAAGCAUUCUUUAGUUUAAAAAUGAAAAUCUAAUGUUUCUCUUUCUAUUCCUAACUAGACUAUCUGAUGCAUUAGACUAGCCAUAUACUUUCAGUUGUAUACAAUCUCCAUAACUUUGGUUACUCUGAGUGAGAGUGGACUUUCUAGUUCAUACCAUGGCUACACAAAUUCUAGGGAGGAUAGGAAUACAAUUUGCUUUCUUUCUCUUGUUCGGAAUUCCCCUAAAUGUAAAACGGCAGAGAACUCAGUAAGGAAGAGUCGUAUGUGUUUGAUCUUUGUCAUUUUACAUGGGUUUGUAUUUGAGAAAUGCUAGCUGGAGAAAAGAAACUUGAGCUGUGAAGCAGAAGGUCCCUGGUUCAUAUCUCACCUCUCCCAUGAACUUGCUACAGUAUGUAGUGCUAGGAGGGAUUUCAGCCUCAAUCUCCCCCAAUUUGUGAUAUGGAAAUUAGAACCUAAUCAUAAGAUAACGUAUAAAGUACUAAAACAUUCAAAAGCAAUAUAUAAAUGCCAAGUAAUUAUUGUUGAAUUUUAUGUUUCUAUGAAGGAUGGCUGCUCUUUAUAACCCAAUAAAUAUGGACUGACACCAUUGAAACAACUUGUGAAUAAAGUUCAGCUUCUGCAGGCCCAGAUAAGUUGCUGGACAAACAACCUUUUUUUUUUGCAAACACUUGGCAGGAGCGAGCCAGCAGUAAAUCACACUGAGCAAGUUGGAGUUAACUCUUUGUUAACAAAAACAGGAUCUGCACAGGACAGUGACUCGUCUGCGGCAGGUUGCCUCCAUGAAGCAGUUGCUGAGCCUGAAGCUUCAUGUCUUCCCACAGCUGCCUAAGUCCCCUCUUCGUCAGGGUUUUCUCCAAGACUUUGCCUCCCACUAAGCUAACCUCCUCCCUCUUCAUUCCUCUCCUGGUUCUGGGAGACCAGUGGGAAGGGGAGCUUGUCACAGCAGGAAGGGGGAGACUCCCUUGCCUCUUCACGAGCGGGACUCAUCUCUUUUUCUUGGCCUCCCUCCUCUCCUGCUUCAGCUUCUGCCCCAAUUCUGGACUUCUCUCUGCCACAGACUCUCCCAGCUCACUAAGCCCUGUUACCUUUUCAGCUUCCGACACUUCCUCCCAGUCUUCUCCCUCUGAGCCUUCUUCACUUGGGGGUUCCCCAGCUGGUUCCUCCCACCAUUCCUCUGUGUCCAACCAGUCUGUGACAACCCCCUUAGUUAGCAAGACUAGCCUGCUGCCUGGGAGUGUGAUAGGGAUUUUCAAAAGAGGAUUGCUUUUAUUCUCCUCCCCAACCCACAGUAGUUGCAGCUCUCAUCUAGUAGAAGCUAUAAAUUAGUCAAUUAUGUUGUUGCCAAUAAUAGUCCCACAAACGGCUUGUCUCUCCUACCAUUCAGUGUUCUGUUCUUUUGAAUAUUUCCAGUACCUGUUAAGUAGGUACUUAGUAUCAAAUACCUUUGUUCUGUUGUGCUCUUCAAAUUGUGCAUAGGAACAAUGAACUAAAAUAGGAUUAUUCUCUGCACUUGUGUAAUUAUACAGUACCCCUUCUAAAUAGUCCCUGUUUAGAAUUUUGCAUAUUGGCUGCGAACAAGCUCUGAAAAAUGUCUUGUGCUUAAUUUUUCUUUCUGUGGCUUGAUAACCAUUGAGUGAGUGCCAUUGUCUUCAUGCACAUGUAUGUGUGUUUGCUUGGCUGAAAGGGUCUGAAGGCUCCAGCUUCCUUCAUUAAAAAAUAAAGUUAAAAACUAAGUUGUGAAUGACGUUAAGUGUGUGCUAGGAAUUAAGGACUUUGGCACUGAUCUUAUGAUGCUGUCUAGAUAGUACCAAAUAUUGGUUUGCUAGCAUUAUUUGUCUUUGAUCAUCGGUACUGUGAUUCUGGGGUGGGGGCUGAUCUUCUUAAAAGGCUUGGGAAAACCCCAUUUGAACCUUGUGUAAACUAUAGGUGUAAUUGUGGAGAACUUGAGUCAGUUUUACAUGCCCUUCUUUAAAUUUAGUUUUUUACCACAGGGCUAGAGAAACUCGUGAUAUGCUCCAAUAUGCAGUCAUUCUCAGGCUGAACUUCAGAAUAUCCGUUUGAUUUUUUUUAUUGGGAGGUUCUGUUUUAUCCUAUUUUUUAAUCAGAGCAAGUUGAAAAAUUCUUAAAUGGAGCCAUUUCACUUGGCCAAUCUAUGAUUGCUUUUAUUUUAUGUCAUACCUUUUAAAGGUUUGUGUCCAGUAAGGUACAGAUGAAAUGGGUGGCACUGUGUUCUAAACCACCGAGUCUCUUGGGCUUGCCAAUCAGAAGGUUAGCAGUUCAAAUCCUCGCAAUGGGAUGAGCUCCCGUUGUUUGGUCCCAGCUCCUGCCAACUUAGUUUCGAAAGCACGCCAAAAAUGCAAGUAGAUAAAUAGGUACCGCUUCGGUGGGAAGGUAAACGGCGUUUCCAUGCGCUGCUCUGGUUUCGCCAGAAGCGGCUUAGUCAUUCUGGCUACAUGACCUGGAAAAACUAUCUGCAGAAGCAGACAAACGCUGGCUCCCUCGGCCUGGCUCCCUCGGCUCAUCCCUCGUGAUGAGCGCCGCAAUCCCAGAAUCUGCAACUGGACUUAACUGUCAGGGGUCCUUUACCUUUACCUUUAAGCUACAAAUUAUGUGAAGCCUCAAGGAAACUAAAGGAAGUGAUGGUGGGGCUGUUGCCCAUUAUGGAGAAGCCAGGCCCCUUGCAUUUAAGACCGUAAUCCUGGAUGACCUUUCCUUCUACUCACAGUGCAGCUGCUUGCUAAGAAAUGCUUACUAAACUCCCUGCUGUUCUAUCACCCUCUUUUCCACAGUUCUAGUAAGGCAACUGAAAUUAUUCUUGAGGAUCAAAUUAUGGGGAAAGCCACUUACUGUAGAUCUUGAGGAGCAGCGGCCAAUGUCACAACUCGUGAGAAUAAGUGAUGAAAGCGCUUAGUCUUCAUUUUUUUGACUGCAUUAUUUGAAACAAUCUUUCGGGGCAGAACCCCAGGUUUGGGGGCUGUCAAAUUGGACAUCAGGGCACUGCUUUGCACUGUGACAUUGAGGUCAAGUGUGCAGUUCAAGUCAGCAGGUAGCUAACUUUUGAAAAUCUGUCAGAGACAGAAGGGAAUAUUUAGGGUGCAUCGAGUUUCACAUCUCAGGUAAUGUAGAAUAACACAACCCUCUUGGAUUCCUUGCUUGUAGAAACCAAUGGAUACUGGCAGUAGAGAGAUUCAGAAAUCUGGAAUUUACAGACAAGAAAAGGUAAGUGAAACCAAACAUCUCUGUAGGGUAUUUUUCCUGUUACUGUGAUGAGUAGAGGCAAGCCUUCACAAGUAUUUUGACAGAGCUUUGUCACAGCCUCACUUAUUGGCUUUGACAGAAACACACUUUGUGAGCUGUGGAAAAUGAUAAUCAAAUGUCCGCUCUGAGCUGGUUCGCAUGUAAUGCUAAGACAUGGUUUUAGCACUACCUACAUAAGCUAGAAUGAGAUCAAGCAAAGACUGAAAAUUGCAUACGGCCCCCUCUCUAUCCUGCUACACAGCCAGAAGGAAGACUUAUGUAGACUUUUUUUCAGCUUCCACAAAUAAUAUCAUUGUCUAUGACCUAGACAUAGUGGUUUAAAGCAAACUUCUCAAACAACCACAUUAUAACCCAUGGCUUGAAGUUAGCCUGUAUUGAAACUUCCAUGGGUUUGUUUUGAACCAUCAUCUUUGCUUCAGAUGCGACAAGAAGCCAGGAUUUGUGGAAACUGAAAGUAAACACUGUCAAAGUCUUCCCCUAGCAUUGAGGAAAAGAGAGAAGAGGGGAUUGUGCAAGACUGAGGCAGCACAUGAGUCUUUGUAGCCCAUGCAUGUAGCUGAACUAUGACUUAGCCUUCAGUGAGUUACGGACCUAUGCAUGCUUGUAGUGAACAUUAGAAUACUUGAAGGGCAGGCUUCUGCCUGCAAGUGUGAUUAAUAAAAUCUUAGAGGCCCUAGAUGUCUCCUUUGCUGCAGGAAUAAAUCUCCUGUUAUGGUGGAAACAGUGCAAAUGCUCUUCUUCCCUUUUGUGGGAAAUAGCCCUAUGCUAGGAUUUGAACCUGCAUUUUUCCAAAUUCCACAUUCGUUGUAGAUGGACUCUCCUGGCCUGUGCACCUGACAAGAAACACUGAGGAAUUAUUGAAAGAGAAUGUUGUAUGUGGAUUGAGCUAGAAAGGAUGGCCAAGUAUCCAGUAGGCUAGGAAAAGACUGUGCUGUUAUUUAAUAAACACACACUUUACGUUGUAUUUUGAGUUAUAUUCAUCUAAAGGUGCAAAAUAUCAACUGAAGUGCCUUGGGGUGUGAGAAAUGUUCCUCCCCUGACAUCAAAUUGAGGAGCCAAGGGCUUCUAAAUUUCUUGAUGAGUAUAAAAAUAUCAGUUGUCUGCUCUUUCUUUUGAUUCUCUGGUUAUAUUUCACUUUUAUACAGUCAUACCUCGUGUUGUGUUAGGUUCAUGUUGCGUCUUUUCGGCUUGCGAACGCGGCAAACCCAGAAGUGUAUACUUUUGGGUUUUGCUGUGCGCGCAAAAGUGGCACUUUACUUAUGGACUUUUCAGGGUGCGAACAGCACCCCGGAAUGGAUCAAGUCGGUAACUAGAGGUACCACUAUGCAUACUUUAAUUAAAAGAUAAAUGCUGCACUGGGAAAGGGGUGGGUGGGGAUGGCUUACGGGCAGAAUGUCUGUGUUGCUGAUCACUACUAAGCAGCUUUCAUGGCCACCUGCACAAAUUGGAAGGUGUUAGCAGUACAGCUGCAGUACAGUGACUUGAGCAGCCUCCCUUCUCCGAAUUUCUGAUGCACAUGAUCCUUAACUGUGUAUUUCACUUGAGCUGAUGUCUCUCUCCACUAGUCUCCACCUACCCACUCCGCCCAUUUUCAUUGAAUAUGGUAAGCAAUGUUUUUUUUCAUCCUCUAGCAAUCAGAGAUGGAUUUUGCAGAAGUUCCAGAUAAACAUAUUCAAGAAACUGAAACAGCAGAAUCCGCCAGAAGACAACAUGAACAAAUUGACGAGGCUGGUCUUGCCAGCACCCUCCAGCAUAUUGUGGGACAGCUGGAUGUUCUCACUCAGGUAUGCCAUACUUUCAGGAGUCUCUAUGAAACCUUGAAUAGGGUCAUAAAACUUCUACAUUUCCUCCCGUUAUUUGUUGAUAGAGCAGGUAUUAAAAGGAAUUACUACUUGAGACUUUUCCUUGAAAUGGAUGCCUUGAAAUGGAAUAUCCCAAAAUAUAUUCUCAACCGAUUCUUCUUUGAUGUAUCUUAAGUCCUUUUCUACUUGUCUAGUCCGCAAAUAAAGAGAGGAAAUGUUGUAUCUUAUAAUUCAGCAUGUGUGUGCUUCCUAUCAGCCCAAGUUUUAUUUGAUUUAGCAUUGGGGCCAAAUGGUGAGGCAUGGCCUAUGAGACCCUAGGAAUAGUGUUCAUGGCAAACCAAACAUUUGUACUGAACUUCACAAAUGACAGCGUGUGUGUGUUUUCUCCUAUAAGGGCAUUAUCUUAGUAAAGGAAAAAAAACGUCAUGUGUGGCUGGCCCCAUUUGGAAGGUUGCGAGGCAUGGAUUCGUAGUAUCACCAGCUUCCUCUAAAUUAUAAAAUGGGAUAUUGUGCUCAGAAUAGUUUCUCUCUUUGGCAGACAAAGACUCUCCGCUUCUAGUUGUCAUUGGUAUGCAGCUAGCUUUAUUCUAAUUCCGUUGCUUUAUUUGAAUUCUGCAUCUGGGGAGGUCUAUUCAAUACUCAAAACAUAGAACGCACAGUUCUUCAAAAAUGAACUCAGUUCAUGUUUAUUGUGUGUUUAAUUGUGGUGUUUUUGUGUUGUGAGCUUUGCACCAGGAUGGCAGGAUAGAAUUUUUUUUUAAAUUAAGAUUCACUGGCCUAUUCUCAAACCACUGUGGUGGACGACUCCAGUUGCGGCCAGUGGCGAUACUGUGGAAUAGUCUGCUUCCUACUGAGACAAAAGUGUCAAGUGGCAGAACAGCAGGACUGUUUUUAUUCUGUUAAGUAGCUUCCGUCUGCCAGACUCUAAUUAUUUAGGAAUGAUGAGGCUGGAGUGGUAUUACAUCCUGCACAGCAAGGUGUUCAUAUGCAGCCUUGCUUCUUUUUGCACUUUAGCUGAAGUGUUCAUUUUGUCAGCAGCCUCUGCCUUGUUCUAGCUUGCUGAAUGGGCGCUCCCUGACAAGUCAGGCAUAUAUCUCAAACCCCACAGCGAUUGAGCGAGUUGGUGGAAGAUUACAUUAAAGAGACUUAAGUCCACCCCGGUCCUGGUCUCUGCAAUUGCUAAAUACAGUAGCAUUAUCAUGAGAUCUUUCUUGCUUGGAGUUAUCAACCAGGAGGCUUGUCCAGAUAAAGUUUCCUGGAAGAAUGCGGAACUGGAAAUUCAGUGGCCCAGAGAUUACAGUUGAGUGUUUCCAAGUGGUUAUAGUCCUUGGCCAGCUUGCUAGUGCUGCUGCUACCAGGGAAGCCUGCCAGAGGAGCCCUCUGUUGAGCAUUCCUGGCAGUAGCAGCACUCCAGGAAAACAACAUGAUGUUGGGGGAACAUUGUGGGAAACUAAAAUGGCAGGUCCCAGUUGCUCAGACUGUAUUUGUGACAGCAGUUUGAAACGGCUAUUGUCCCACCUUGCCUUUAUAAAAAAGAACAAGGCUGCUGAAGCCAGAGAAUUGACUUUAGACAAACAGAAGUUGAUAGGUAGGGGUGUUUGUGUGUGGCAUCUCAGAGUAACAGUACUUCCUUCUGGCAGGUUAACGUAGCAGAAUGGUUCCCUUCUAAGUGAACGUUUUGUUUCUUGGGUCAUGUUCUAACCACCGGCAGCCGCUAGGGCUGUUAGUUAUGAUCUGGAAGUCUCCAGUUCAGACCUUAGCUCAGCCUCUCCCCUCUCCAUUCUGUAAUACAGGGAUGAUAUUAUUGGCCUACCGUACAGGGUGUUUCUGAUGAUUACUGAGAGUGUAUAUGAUACAAUGCUUGAAGGAAGUGUUGUAUAAAUACUAAACGUACUGGGUAAAUGAUCUUUCACACUUCUUUUACAGUUCCUUCAUCAGUACUUACAACGGCAUUAAAUGUGAAUAUAUAGGCCUCAACUUGUAUUCUGUUUUGAACCUUUAAAAACCAUAUUAACGGCACAAAUUCACACCUGGUACUUAUCGGAGAUUUCUUACUAUGGCAUUCCUUUGGACAGUGCCAUAAAAGAACCAGCAGAGGGCCCUAAUACCCAACACGCUGUACUGAAAGAUAUAUGUUUAGCUUUAUAUACAUGUGCCUUCAACAUUUGAACUUCAGGGUCAGUUUCUAAUAUGAUUGCUUUUAAUAUGUGCCUUUCUCACCCAUAAGAGGCUUCAGAUGGAUUAAGGAGGCUGUUAUUGCAGGAUGCCUUAAUUGGUCCUCUAAUAUUACAUAUCUGCAAACAUCAUUCAGCUCAUCUUGCAAAAUAUUCUUCCCCCAGGCUUUACAACACACAAUGAAGUAGCAGUUUGCUAUCUAUUGAAGGGUGACAGCGGCCAGUUUUAGGUUGUAUAUGACUGGUGAUUCUUUGGCUUAUAAUACUUUCACUGUAUAGAGAUACCUGUAAAAACCAGUUGUCAGCAUCCUGUGACCAAGAAACGGAACCCAGGGAAUGGCUAGGCAGAUCUGGGUUGAUUCUCACUUGCUCCCAUUCUUCUGCUUUAAGUCUGUGUGGGGCACACUUAAGAGGAGGCAAGCUCUCCUGUCAAUCCAAGCACCAGGAUUGCUGGCAAGCUAGACCCAAGGCUAGCUAGCCCUAUUACCACCCCAAGCUUGUCUCUCAGUGUUUAAUAAUUUCUUUUUUAAAAAUUCUUUAAUUUUUUUUUUAUUACUCUUGCUUUUCUGUCAUAUAACUGAAUUGCUAGCAUUCAUUCCUAUGGGACAGAUUAGAGCACCACAUGGAAUGUUGCAGGGGGAGGAAGAACCUGCCAGUCACUCCUGAUGUGGCUGGAGUGGCCUCCACGAUGGUGAGCCCGUGGAAAGGGAGCCCACCCUCCUUCCCAGGUCAUUCAGUCAUUAUAGAGUUCUCUCCUCGCCCCACCCUGGCCAAAGAAACUACCGCCCCAUGCCAGACAAAAAUCCAAGAUUUGACAGCUCAGUUGGUAGAGCAUGAGGCUCUGAAUCUCAGGGUCGUGGGUUCAAGCCCCAUGUUGGGCAAAAGGUUCCUGCAUUGCAGGGGGUUGGACUAGAUGUCCCUAAUGGUCCCUUCCAACUCUAGGAGUUCUAGGAUUCUAUGAAAGGGCGUGACCUUUCAUCCCAGAAAGCACAAUUCCUGAUUGGGGAAUGGGGGUAUAUCUGUUGUUGGCUUUGUCGUCUUGAGGGCUGCAGGCUAUAUUUGCUUGGGGAAUGAGGACACCAGCCCUGUUUUCACCUCUUGCUGUGCCUGAUGCAGUAAUGUCAAUGAAUGGGAGUGUACAGGUUGGGUGUGUGGUGGAGGAAUUCUCCCUGCCUUCCCUGUGGCUCAGACCCAGUGGUCCUUUAGUUAGUGUACAGUAAAAGCCACACAUUCUUUCACACAGUGGCUUUUUUCAGCGGGACAAUAUUAUGGCAAAUCCUUUUAAUUAAGGUUAUUUUUCUUGGUCGGGAAUUAAUUGUGGCAUGAAAUAGUGGAGAGCAGCAGGGAAAUGAUCUGCAGGGAAAUAAUUCCCUCCCCCUGAUCAUCGCCCCAAAAAGUCUGCGUCUAAAAUUGAAAAUAACAAGCUGCUUUGCUCCCAUGUUGUGCCAGCAUCCUACAUCUCAAAAGUAGACAUUUUAAGUUCUGUUGUGUGAUUGUUAUUAUUCUCUUUGGAAGGCUGUUUGGUAAGGCAGCAAAACAGCCCGCAAUGCAUAAAUAGAAGAUGUUCUACACACCCUGAUCCUGGGCAUAUUUGCUCAGAGUGAAGUCCCACUGAGUUCAGCUUUGUCCCAGGUGGUAGGUUUGCAUGCUAAGGUUUUCCAACACCUUUCAGCUGUUGCCUUUCUCCUUUUGCAGACUGUUUCCAUUCUAGAACAAAGAUUAACAUUAACUGAAGACAAGCUGAAGGAGUGCCUUGAGAAUCAACAGAAGAUUGCUCAAAGUAAAUCCAACUGAGUUUGCUGGGGAACUGACGGCAGCCAGCAUUUUGUGUGUGUGUGUGCACGUGUGUGCGCGCGUGCGCACAUUCUCAGCAUAUAUUGUGUGACUAAUUUGUAAAGUGAAAACAUUUCCUUUUUUAUUAGAAUGAAUUGUACAGCUUAAUAGUGUCUGUAAAUAUAUACUUUUUUUCAUAUUAAACUUUCUUACUAACGAUGG